CUCUAUUCAUAACUUAUAUAGAUUAGAACCAACGGUACAAAGAAAAAAGACAAAAACAACAAAGACCAAUUCCAACGUUUGAAUUUUGACUCAAACAAACAAUAACAUCAUGUCUUGCUCCGUCGCAGUUUCCAACUCGCCGGUGUUCUCACCGUCGUCGUCUCUCUUCUCCAUCAUCUCCUCCUCGCCGGAGUCUCUCUCGCUCACGCUCUCCCACCUCAAGCCCAACGCGUCUUCCACGGCGUCGUCUUGUGCUUCUGCUUCUGCUUCUGCUUCCUCUCCUUCUGCUGCUGCUUCUUCAUCGCCUUCUUCGCCGUUUCGCCUCCGUCUCCCGAAGCCACCUACUGCUUUUUCUUCUGGACCCUCCUCCUCUACUUCGCCGAACGGGGCUGUGUUGAAGAGGAAGAGGCCGACGAGGUUGGAUAUACCUGUAAGCUCUCUUACCUUUGGGGUUCCGCCGACGCCGUCUGCGGUGGCGCGUGAUGAUGUUGAGGCUGAGGGGGAUGGGUUUUCUGUUUACUGUAAGAGGGGAAGAAGGGAGUACAUGGAGGAUCGUUACACCGCUGGGGAUGAUCUACGCGGAGAAAACAAACUGGCUUUUUUUGGCGUAUUUGAUGGGCAUGGAGGUGCAAAAGCUGCAGAGUUUGCUGCAAAUAACUUAGAAAAGAAUGUCUUGGAUGAGGUGAUCAAGAGAGAUGAUGCUGAUGUAGAGGAGGCAGUGAAGCGCGGCUACCUCAACACAGAUUCUGAUUUCUUGAAAGAGGAUCUCCAUGGUGGAUCUUGCUGUGUAACAGCACUGAUUAGGAAUGGUAACCUUGUUGUCUCCAAUGCCGGUGAUUGCCGUGCUGUCAUUAGCAGAGGAGGUGUUGCUGAGGCCCUAACAACUGAUCACAGGCCUUCAAGGGAAGAUGAAAGGGAAAGAAUUGAGACUCUGGGUGGCUAUGUUGAUUUAUGCCGCGGUGUUUGGCGGAUCCAGGGAUCUCUAGCUGUGUCUAGGAGCAUAGGCGAUCGACACCUGAAGCAAUGGGUGACCGCAGAGCCUGAAACCAAAGUUAUCAAAAUUGAACCUGAACAUGACUUGUUAAUAUUAGCUUCAGAUGGAUUAUGGGAUAAGGUUAGUAAUCAGGAAGCAGUAGAUCUUGCUCGUCCUCUUUGCGUAGGAAACAACAAACCUCAAUCAUUGCUGGCCUGUAAAAAGCUCGUAGAUUUGGCUUGUUCGCGAGGUUCUAUGGAUGAUACAAGUGUUAUGCUCAUCAAAUUGGAGCACUAUAUUUAAAGUUUCAUUAGUACAAGAGAAGAAGGAGGUGCUUGAUUUUAGAGUAGCUGAUUCUUUUCUGUAUAUACAUCUGAUCUGAGAUCUGACAAUAUUUAUUGGGAAUUUUUGCACCAGUAGGUGGCGGGAGAUGUUAACAAAGUAACAUUAUGUAGUUUUUUUCUUUCAUAGAAUGAUAUUUAUGUAAUAAGCCUUUAAUUACUCUAUACAUUUUGAUCUAGCAAUUCAUUUAUUUUUUUGACUGAA